AUGCCUCAACCAAGGAAUAUUGAUGAGGUCCGGAAAUUUCUUGGAAUGGUUACCUACUACGCUCGGUUCAUCCCAGACCUAUCUACAAAAACAACACCUCUUCGACAGCUUCUACAGAAAAAUAGAAGAUUUCAUUGGUCAAUAGAUUGUCAAACUUCAUUUGAUUGUCUCAAGGAGGAAAUAACUUCUAAAAGAGUUCUCGUACCAUAUGACCCCCAUCGUCCAAUCGUUCUAACAUGUGAUGCCAGUCCUACCGGAAUUGCAGCUGUAAUGAGUCACAUAAUUGAUGAUGAAGAGAAACCGAUCGCUUACGCAUCCAGAUCCUUAACUCCAUCAGAGCGAAAUUACAGUCAGCUCGAUCGAGAAGCUCUUGCGAUCGUGUUUGGAGUCAGUCAUUUUUACAAUUAUCUGUAUGGACUUCACUUCACCUUAAUUACAGAUAAUGCCCCUCUUUCAAGAAUUUUCCAUGAAAGCAAAUCCUUACCACCCAUGACUUCCAGCCGACUACUCCGUUAUGCAUCUUUUCUAUCAGGGUUUAACUAUUCAAUACGUUUCAAGAAAGGGGAAGCAAAUGCUAAUGUUGAUUGUUUAUCCAGAGCUCCAGUCACUCAACAUUCUGAAACCUUAGACAUUUUCCUAAACAAUGAAGUUACCUUGCUACAUUCAGAAACAAUUUUUGAAAUAUCUUCUGAACAUUUGAAUGCAACUAUUCUAGCCCGGGAAACAGAAGCUGACCAAAAUCUUAGAGAAAUUAAAAGGAAACUUUUGUCGUCUUCUACUGACCUACCAUACACAUUGGACAAUGGAGUACUUUUCAAGGAAACUCGUGCUGUCAUUCCUAACAGCCUUCAACCUCAAGUCUUACAGCAACUACAUGCUACUCACAUUGGUAUUACAAAGAUGAAGCAAUUAGCCCGAAGAUACGUUUAUUGGCAAGGGAUUGACAAGGACAUAGAGAAAUUAGUCCAAUCGUGUGAAAUUUGCGCCCACAUAAAAUUCAAUCCUCCCAAAGCACCCCUUCAUCCAUGGGUAGAGCCAGAAGAAAACUGGGAGCGUAUUCAUAUAGAUUACGCGGGGCCUUUUCAAAACCACUACUUUCUUGUUUGUGUGUGUGCCAAGUCAAAGUGGGUAGAAGUUAAAGUAUUGAGAAAUGCUCCUACAACUUCCAAUACUAUCAUUCUUCUCGACAACAUUUUCUCAUCUAAUGGCUAUCCUCAAGUGAUGGUAUCAGACAAUGCCACAAUUUUUACCAGCGCAGAAUUCAAGAAAUACUGUUCAUCCAAUGGAAUUUUCCAGAAACUGAUUGCACCUGGACAUGCAGCUACAAAUGGUCUUGCUGAAAGAACUAUCCAGACUUUGAAGCAAAGAUUAAAAGCAUUGGAAGAUGACCAUCGUCAAAUACAUACAAAGGUUCAAGAGAUUCUUCAACAAUAUCGCGCCACUCCUCUCUCAAAUGGACAAUCACCUGCAGAACGAUAUCUUCAUCGUAGGAUCCGCAUCAAGCUGGAUGCUCUUCGACCUUACCAUCCGGCAAAGAAUCCUCCUUCGAUAAUAAGAGUUCGAACAUUCAAUGUGGGGGAGAGAGUUCUCAUUAGGGAGUAUUCACAAAAUAAUAAAUAUAUAUGGACAUUUGGUGAGAUUAUACAGAAACUAGGGACUCUUCACUAUAUUGUAAGGUUAGAUUCUGGAAGAACACUGAAACGUCAUCUAGACCAACUCCGGAAAACUCAAGUAAAGAAGGUUCGUGUAACCAAGCAGACAGACAUUCAAAGCAGCAGCUUAUUUUUCCGGACGGGCCUACGAGGACUGCUGUCUUAG